UCUGCCCUGCUUUAGGCGCUGGGCUCCUUCCCCCUCAGUGACUCAGAGGAGGGGACAGCGGCAUCAUGGCCCCACGCGCGGCACCCAUCCGCCAGACCUGCUGCUGCUUCAAUGUCCGGGUAGUCACCACCGCCCUGGCCAUCUACCAUGUGAUCAUGAGUGUCCUGUUGUUCGUGGAGCACACCGUGGAGGUGGCCCGUGGCAAGGCCUCCUGCAGGUUCUCCAAGACCGUCUACCUCAGGAUCGCCGACCUGGUGUCCAGCUUCCUGCUCAUCGGCCUGCUCUUCCUCAUCAGCCUGAGCCUGCUGCUCGGCGUGGUCAAGAGCCGGGAGAAGUACCUGCUGCCCUUCCUGUCCCUGCAAGUCAUGGACUUCCUGCUGUGCCUGCUCACCCUGCUGGGCUCCUACAUUGAGCUGCCCGCCUACCUCAAGUUCUCCUCGCGGCCCCAGGGGGGCCCCUCGAAGGUCCCCCUGAUGACCCUGCAGCUGCUGGACUUCUGCCUGAGCAUCCUGACCCUCUGCAGCUCCUAUAUGGAAGUGCCCACCUAUCUCAACUUCAAGUCCAUGAACCACAUGAAUUACUUCCCGAGCCAGGAGGGCUUGGCCCACAGCCAGUUCAUCAGGACGAUGAUCAUCUUCUCCGUCGCCUUCAUCAUCGUCUUGGUCCUGAAGGUCUACAUGCUCAAGUGCGUGUGGAGAUGCUACAGACUCCUGAAGUCCGUGAACUCGGCCGAGGAGAGGGGCGCCUCCAAGACGCUCCCGAAGGUGGUCCUGCCGACCUACGAGGAAGCCCUGUCUCUGCCUUCCAAGUCUCCUGAGGGGGACCCCGCGCCACCCCCGUACUCAGAGGUGUGACCCUCGCCAGGCCCCGGCCCUGAUCUGGGCCCAGCUGCCUCAUAGUCUGCUGCUUUGCUUUGGUGGCCCUGGUGGACCACCAGCCGACUUCAGGACAACUGCUGUGUCCCCUCGCUGGCCUGCUCCCCCUGCGGGCCCCAGGCACUCUCCCUUGGGUCAGGCUGAAGGCCGCAAAUCGAGCCCAACAGCUCUGCUUACGUCCACCAGCAAGGAGUCAUUUUAGACGACUGGUUGUUCUGAAUUUAGUGAGCUUGGCUAAACCACUAGCAGCUCCAUCAGUCUAACCCAGCAGCUGUCAGACAGAAGCACAUCGGUCAGGUCCACGAAAUAAAUUGGUCAAACCACAGUCCA